AUGAUCUGUCAGCUGGCACUGCGAUGGUUGCUUUUAUGUGUUUUCUUGCAAGUGGGUUCACCCCGGGAGACGCGUGAGCGACCGCGGCAAUGUGACAAACCAAAAUCGCAGAGGGAUCUAAAUUCCUUUCUGUGGACUGUGAAGCGUGAGCCACCCUAUCCUCCCUCAUAUUUGUUCGGAACCAUCCACGUUCCGUACACUCGGGUCUGGGAUUUCAUUCCCGAGAGCUCCAAACGGGCCUUUCAGAGCAGUACCAAUGUCUUCUUCGAGCUGGAUCUGACCGAUCCACUGACCAUCUCCAAACUGACCAGCUGCCAGCUCUUGCCAAAUGGGGAAAACCUACAGACACUGUUGCCACGGGACUUGUACCGUCGUCUCAAACGACACCUGGACUACGUCAAGCACAUGAUGCCCUUCUGGAUGACGGUGGACCAGCGGGGGAGGGGUCUCUACGCCGACUACCUCUUCAACGCCAUCGCCGGGAACUGGGAGCGCAAGCGUCCCGUGUGGGUUAUGCUUAUGGUGAACUCCCUGACGGAGUCAGACAUCCGUUCCCGAGGCACACCCGUUCUGGAUCUUUUCCUGGCUCAGGAGGCCGAGCGAAUGGGGAAGCAGACGGGAGCAGUGGAACGGGUGGAGGAGCAGUGUCACCCCCUCAACGGCCUCAACUUCUCACAGGUGCUGUUCGCGCUGAACCAAACGUUACUGCAGCAUGAGAGCGUGCGUGCAGGCAGUCUCCAGGGCUCCUACACCACAGAGGACCUGAUCACACAUUACAACUGUGGAGACCUCAACUCCAUCAUCUUUAACCAUGACACCUCCCAGCUCCCUCACUUUAUCAACAGUUCCCUGUUGGAUCACGAGCGCUCCACCGCCCAGCAGAUUGACAGCUACCUGCGCCAGGAGCUCAUCUACAAACGGAACGAGCGAAUGGCCCGCCGCGUCUCCUCCCUCUUACAGCGGAACCCCGCCCAAAGCUUCUUCUUCGCCUUCGGCGCCGGUCAUUUCUUGGGGAACCGCAGUGUGUUGGACAUUCUGCGACAGGAAGGCUAUGAGGUUGAGCACACACCGGCACAGGAGCCCGUCACUCCGACUUGGUUUGAAGUGGAACCAACCACUGCGGCCUCCGGCGGGGGGAGCUCCGCGGCAGGGACGGGGUGGACGUCCGAACCCCCUCAGCUGGAGGAGGAGAACCUGGAGGAGCUCCCAUACAUGUUGCUGCCAGACAGCCUCAGUCAGCUGGAGGAGUUCGGGAGGCACAAACGCCCCCGUAAAGCGCAGCGUACCCACGGACGACCCCGCCUCUUCAGCGACCUCUGGGUGCGCAUCGGCGACAGCACGACUCCGAUCCCUAAUAUAAGAAUAACAAAUGGCUACGUCUCCGUGGAGCCUCCUCUAACGUGGCAGGAGCAACAGCAGAGGAAAACGCCACUUUUUGGCAGAGAGCAACCAUCUAGGUCUCAGCCUCCGGGUCCUAAUGUGGAACACAUAUGUUAUUAUUCUGCAUUAGACACGGCUAUCAUAAACUUGACAAACACUAAACAAACAGCACAGGUGGCCGCGGAGGCCCAGGCCAAAGACAGGGAGGGCCUGCGUGCCGUCACUCAAACGCGCCAGCCAAGCCUCAAGAGAAAAGCCUCCACAAGACGCCAGAGCCCACCUACGUUUCUGAGCCCAGGAGGCUGCGAGCUGAAGGAGGAGAAGCGGACGGUGCGGAACGGACGGGUGAUAUCGCUCACCCAGGUGAACUUGCUAAGUCACAAUGAGGGAGCUGGUGUCUUCGGCUCUCUCCUGCUGCUAUCCAUGUUGGUGGUUAGUCGCGAGGGAGAGCGUGAGAGGGGAGCACGGGGUUUGGGAGGCAGCAAACAGGAGAGGAGAGGGCGAAAGAGGGAGAUAGACAUGAACGACACGGAUUGGCUGUUUGAUGGCCAUUCCAGCUGA